UUGCGAGCCGGCUCGUCUGUUUUAACACUCUCUUGCUCAGUGGAUAUCACGGACAAUUCGCGUCGUCGACCUAGACAACAUCGACCAACUCGAGGAUCCUUUCUUUUUUUUUUUUUUUUGACGACGAAAAAGAGACGAGAGAAGUAUGAAGUUAGCAAUAAUAUUGGCAGUAUUAUGCCUAGCAAUUGGAACAAUUUCAACACCGGUACCAAAAAUCUCAGCAGAGAAAACGUCGAAUCAGAACGUCAUUGAAAAUGGAAGACAGGCGGCAGCACAAUCACCAGCGGUCAGCGAGGAUGAUGAUGAUGAUGAUGAUGAUGAUGAUGACGACGUCGAUUUUGAUAUCACGGGAGAUGACGAUGACGACGACGACGAUGAUGACGAUGACGACGAUGAUGAUUCUGAUUAUUUAGAACGUUUCAUCGAAGAUAUAUUAGGUGAAGAGGACGACGACGAUGACGACGAUGAUGAGGAUGAAUCGAUCCCGGUGGAAUCAGUUGCACCAGUAGCAGCAGCAUCUCCACCGGCUCCUGCAAUUCCGGCGGCUGUAGAAGCCGAUUUAAACGCCGCCCAGGAAGCGGAACACAUCGCAGAAGCUGCUACAGCGGAGAGUAUAGUUGCCAACAACGAUGCGACUGGGCCUGAGGAGGACGAAGGAAACGCGGUUAGCGAGAGUCAGGCCGUUUCCGGUAUCCACGAAUCUGGUCUCGAAGGUGCGGAAUCCGUGUCGAAUCCUGUUCACGUUCCUGCCGCGUCCACAAACGAGGCCGAGGACGAUGAUGACGACGACGACGAGGACGAUGUGGAUCUGGUGUACACCGAGGACGACGAUGACGAGGACGAGGAGGACGAUGAGGACGAGGACGACGAAGACGACGCCAUCGCCGACAUCACCGGUGCCAGGCAAGCACGCAUGAUGGAUUCGCAACCAAAUAAUGAUGUAUCAUCGAUUUACGUGGCGAAAUAUAAUCGUUUUGUGGACAAUAUUUUAGGAAGGAUUAAUAAAAUCUUGCGUAGUAAUUACGAUCCAGUUACUGUGAAAUUAACUAACGCAAAUGCUAAAACGAAAUCAAACAAACACAAGAACAAGAGUAAAACAAAGAAAAAUAACAAAAGUGGAACGAAAAAGAGCAAUUUGGGAAUAGUUGUGGUAUCCACAGAAAAAACCAUACAAGAAAUUCCCGAAAUCACACAGAAAACAAUAGAAACCACUGAAAAUACAAUCAUGUCUGUUACAAAUAUUGAAAAAGAAGAGCCUCAUACUACCAUAUCUGAAUUUGCAAAUAUGGAAAUUACUACAAACAGACAAGUACUUAAUUCAAGUACCAAGAAAUCAAAGAAUAUGCAAAAUACAAAAUCUACAAACAAACGAGUAUCCAACUUAACAAAUCAAACUAGCAAGAAAUCGAACAAAACUCGUGGUGGAACGAAGAAUCAGAAAAAAACAAACAAACAGAAUAACAACAACAAAAAUAAGAUAAAGAAAACCAAAAAACCAAAAGCAAAAGCCACACUUUAUGGACUUGCAAGCCUUAAAAGAUCAGGAGACGUAACAGUAAACAUGAUGAGCGAUCACACUAUGAUCAAAACGAUGUUUACCCUUGGUCCUCUUGUAUUGAAAGUCGAAAAGGAAUUUGGUAGGGCUGCAAAAAAAGAAUUGAGAAGCGCGACUGCAACCACUGCAGAAAUGUCAGGAAAAUUAAGCCUUCGAAUUCUUCAUGGUGGUGCUGCUACCCUUAAUUCCAUUCGAGUUUUACAACCUAAACAAGUACGAGUGGAGAGCGCGGAUGACCACGACAGAACGCGCGAAUUCGUCUGGAAGAGAUCAUCCCACAUUGCUCAUUUAGUUUCAGAGAAAUUAUCAUCCGCUACAAGAUCGAUGCUUCAACCACCACCUGUAGCAGUUGCCGCUUAAAUCUUCGUUCACAUGAAUAGAUUUUAAUAAACCUUUCGAUAAAACCA